CUCAGGCUUGAAUAGUUAUGUUAAGGGUUGAAGACUAAAGUAUUGAAUAUCAAUGAAUCUCUGUGUUCCGACAGGAUCCAAGGAUGCAGUUCUGGUUGUUCUUCAUCACACAUUUGAUCCAGAGUUAGUAGUACCAGACAGCAGCAGGAGUGUGAACAGAGAGAAUACUCUCACUGUGGACUGUCUGUUUCAUGAGGGCAGAGGAUUACUGCAGUGCUACAGGAACCAGGAAGCUCUGGAGAAAGUCAUAAGAUGGGUAAAAAUACAGAAUGUUCCACAGACGGCCCAUGCAAACAGGUUCAGGAGGCCACAUGGACCCACAGCAAACCCCACAGAUACUCAAAUCAAACAACCUAAACAUCAACUCCAGGGAAAAGAUGAAAUCCUUCAGCAACAUCAACAUGAACUCCAGAGGAGAGAUGAAGUUAUUAGGCAACUUGAACAUGAACUCCAGAAAAAAGAACAUGAACUCCAGAGAAAAGACAAAGUCCUUCAGCAACAACAACAAGAACUCCAGAGAAAAGAAAAGGAACUCCAGAGAAAAGACAAAGUCCUUCAGCAACAACAACAAGAACUCCAGAGAAAAGAUCAGAAAAAAGUCUUUGGGAUGGUGAUAAAGAAGAUCCGCCCAAUAACUAAACAUGAUUCCAGGAAUCAGAGACAGUUAAAAGAAAAUCAAGUUGAAGAUCCGAGGGAACUUCUGACUGAAGCAGAAAAACUGAAAAUCACAGAUAAAGAAAUCACACAAAAACCAGACAUGGCUGAGAAAAUGUUCAACCGUGACUCAAGAAACUCCAUCCGGGAAACUGAGAAACGUGAUCGCGGUGCAUCAAAACUGUACAAGAAAUCCAAGUUUAAACAGGAGAAUGAGGAACGUAGGAAUCCUGAUGAGUCUAAAUCACUCAAGCAGCAAAUCGUUCAAACAGAAAAGAAAGAUAAAAGAACACCUCCACCAGAAAUUAAAGGUCUUUUUAGUGGGAAUCCUCCAGAUCUCAGCCAGGCUGGUGCUUCCAUCCCAACCCAGAAACAUGAGACAAGACGAAGUUUUAAAGAAACUGGAGCUGUUCAAAAGAGGUCUUUACAUCAAUUUCGCUCCAUGCCAUGAGAUUUACAGAUGCAGUUAAAGAGACAGGAAGAUCCAAAGAACCAGGUGAACAACAAUCAACCUGAACCUCCUAAUCAAUACAAACCACGGCGCAGAAAAAGAGUAGUAUUAAAAAAACAAGAUUCAGAUCAAGAGGAAGAUCUUA